GUUGCACUACGAGAGAAAGGAGAGGUGAUAUUUCAGUUAGUUUAGCUUCUUGCAGUUUCUUUAGUGAAACUGAUCCAUAUGAACCUUCAACAACGCUACAGUUUCCUGUUCCCUGGGCGAAGGUGACGGAUUUUUAAAUCAAUUGGAAGAUUAUGGAAUCUAAAACAGUUACACAGACGUUCGUCGCUUUGGAUGUAAGCGAUCACUCCAAAACUGAUUAUACAGCAGGCGACUAUGACGAGACUGAAAGUGUGUGUGAUAGUUCAUCGCAUUCGAUUCCUUUGCGUCGAUAUCCCUCGUUGGCGGAGCUUUCCUCUAUAGCUACAAACUGUGGAGGAACUAAUCUAAGUACUUUUGAGUCAUCGAUGGAUGAGAAGGAACUAAUGCUAGCUCGCAGCACCGAAGAUUGCAAAAGUCAAACUACAAAUCAGCUGAAUAGUAUCUGGAAUCGAGGGCCGCCAGUUACACCUCCAAAGGUCGCCGAAGCAGGAAAGAACUCGUUAAAUCAGACGGGAGACGAUCCUUUAACUCCUACAGCUAACCUUAAAAUGCUCGUUAGUGCUGCCAGUCCAGCAAUCCGCGAUCGGGAAACCAAGAAAAGAGAAUUAUUUCCAGGUGAAAGUUUUGACACCUUUGAGACACUUCACUCAGCGGCGAGUGCGCUAAUUUCAAAUUCAAGACAAUCUGAUGCGCUCGUAAGUGAACGGCAUUUGAGCGAUGAAUCAUCUCAUGUUGAGUAUGGAGGAAACAAGAUAACCAUCAGCCGAAAAGACAAGUCAUUGGGGCUUCUAUGUCAGAAGUUUCUGUCCAAAUAUCCAGAAUACCCAAAGGCAAAUGAGUUUAUCGAGAUUGGCCUUGAUGAUGUGGCGAGGGACCUCAAUGUGGAAAGGAGGCGAAUCUAUGACAUUGUGAAUGUUUUAGAAAGUGUAGAAGUUAUAAGCAGAUAUGCAAAGAACAGAUAUGUCUGGCAUGGAAAAUCAAGACUUCCCUCUACUCUAAUAAAGCUUAAGCACUAUGCCUUAUCAAAAGGCCUAAAAUUGAAGCCCUCAAAUUCAGCAAAGGAAAAUCCAAAAUCAAAAGACAUGAAAAAAGAAAAGGUAAUCAAGAUAAAGGGUAAGGUUCCAGUUGGGUCAGCAUUGUCUAGCCAGUUACCACUUAUACUCCCAAAGGAUUCUAAUAUCAUGUCCCUUGUGCAAGUUUUAAAACCUGAAGUGUCCCAAAUGAACAACAAUCUCAUGCCACCACCCACAACUAUUAAAGACAGUGCAGUAGAGGAAAAAGGUGGUAAAAAUCUUAAAUUUAAAGACAGUGAAUACUGCAGAAAAGACAAGUCAUUAGGAGUUCUCAGUCAAAAAUUCUUGAUGAUGUUUCUGGUCUCUGAGACAAGACAUGUGACACUAGAAGAUGCUGCAAAUGUACUGAUUGGCGAGGAGGAAGAAGGCCAAACAAAGUAUAAAACUAAAGUCAGAAGACUGUACGACAUUGCCAACAUUCUAUCAAGUCUUCAGUUAAUAGAGAAAGUGCACAUCCACAGCAUUCAGGCAGGAAGGAAACCUGGCUUUAGGUGGAUAGGAAUAGAUCCUGAUAAACUGGAAUUAUUAGUACCCAACACCCAAGAGGAGGUACAAAACCCACCGGUAGUGAAGAGAAUAUGUGGAGAAAAGAGAAACCAACUCCAAUUUGACGAAGACGAGGAAAGUGCUCUUGGACGCUUUAUUAGGCGGAGACCGAGCCAGCAACAACUAAGACCAAAGUCGGAGGAGACUGAAGCAAACAAAAGCAAGUUGCCGCGUUCACGUUCAGAGAGAGUCUUGAGUACGAAAAAGAGAGGGCAGCAAGAAUCUGAGGAUGGCUUUUCAGUUCAAGAGAUAGUGGCUGCGUUUGGCGUUGGUUCAUCAACAGGCAGUCCAACUGAAGCUAAAUUCCGUGCAGAGUUGAAGAAGCUACACCAACAAUACCCUGAUCGUAUGUCGCAGUUACUUUCAGCUUGCAGUUAUUCAGACGAUUUCGAAGCAAGGAAGAGCCGUCGUUCCCUGUUCAUGCCACCAAAAUCGGACGUGGACGGUGCUCCGGAGCCGAAACGAAGACGAAGCGCCGACGAUGUGUAUUCCAUCCGGCAAGAAGCCGAUGCUGGAUUUUCACAUUCGUCUACUUCACCGUUUAAAAGUCUUCCAGAAGGAAAGAAUAUUCCUGUAGUUGGGAGUCCCAAACAAACAAUUCAGAUCGCAAAAUUGAACCCGGCAUCUCCUGAGCAAAAGAUUCUCUUAGAAAGACAAAAACAGCAGCAACUUUUAGAUGAACAGCGGGGAUUUGACUCCCAAGAUGAACGUUGGAAGCGUAUCGAACGUGAGCUCGAGAAAGCAUUUCGUAAAGGGGGACCAACCCAUCCACUCAUGGUCCAUCAAUCUUCGUCACCCCUUCCUUACGACGCACUUGUAGAGCAAACGUCUGUGGCCAUUCAAGCCAGUCUCAUAGACGACUUGAGCCCUCUGAAACCGUUGAGCUACUACCGUAAAGUUAAGUCUCCCUGGAAAAAUACCGAGUCUCGACAUAGCUCCUGUACAACUUCAUCAACCUCAUCGCCAGUUCCAUUUCAGGGUGGAGCUGUAAUGAAUCCUCUCUCAAACCCACACGCGAUGUCGCCUGUGCCGAUUCUUCCGGCAACAGAGCGGCCUGCUAGUGUUAACAACGCAUGCCCCAACAGUACUUACUUUGUACAGAUCCCUAUCUCAGCAGGAGGUAACGGUGGGUCAGUAGUGUGGGCAACACCCACCCCUCCCUCUUGUAGCUCAACACCUUCUCCAGACCAACUCAUCAAGAUGGCGGCCCAGCCCGUAAACGCACCACUGCUUUACAGCCCCAGGUCACUAACGUCGACACCAGAACCAGUUACACUGGAGCCGUCUGUCGCUGGUAAACAACAAGCGGUUAUCACAAAUCCUGUGGUCACCAUGCUAGAACCUCAACACGUUCACCCCGUGCAACAAACCUUAUCAAUUCAACUUCCUCACAUAGGAAACACGGAGUUCCAUUCAGUAACACCCAUCGCGGGUAUUAUGACUCAAGUGCAGUUUGCAACUCCAUUGGUCAAACUCACAGACAUAAAAAGUGUCGUUUCCAUGGAAACACCUACCACUACUGUUCAGUUACUGACGGAUGUGUCUAAACGCCUGUCACUUCCGUUUACGGGUGAACAAUCUGCGUAGGAGAAUUAAUUUCUUAGAAACAUUUUUAGUCAUUUUGUUAAAUGGGAAUACAAAUGUUGCCUUCCCUUUCGCAAUAUUCUUCAAGUAUUUUAAGAUUAGCGAAAGCAUAGGUGAUUAUUUUUCAGAAUUUUACAAUCAUUGCUCUUUUAUAACUUCUUUAAGACUGAUAAUAGUGAAAUCAAUUUUUUUAAGAUACAAUGCUUUCUGAAGCACGAGAUUUUGGACCAGAUUUUGCUUAAUAGCACGCAGUUAAAAGCAUUGUGCAAAAUACUGGUCACAGAGAAGUAAUUUUAUUUUACGCCACAAUUUGUUUUUCUGGAAACUAUUUGGAGAGAGAUGAUUGUUGAUUAAUUUUCAUUCCGACUUGUAUUUUUUUAUAUGUCAAGCGGAAGUUCUCAAAUAUAUAUUUUAGCUUUGAAUCUUUCAAGCGAUCUUUUUAUUCGCUGAUCGUUUAUCCUUUGUAAUUAUUAGAGAAGUUGUCCAGUUUUUGAAUAAUAUAGUGACCUAGCGUGUGUUAAAUUUCCUUGAUUACUCUCCAAAUUUAAAUUUUAUUGUCACUGCAAUUGAAACAGUAUCUAUUUUAGGAAUUAAACCAGAGCCGGGUUCAAGAUGCGACUGCGAUUAAACGAUAUUAGGUUCAGUAACUUUCUGAUUAAGUUUGGGAGCUUUGUAGACAGUUCUAUUGUUUAUCUUUGGUUUCUUUCACUUCAAUUUUGCAAGACGAUCAAACUCAAAAAAACUUUUGUCUCAGUGUAAUUUUCAAUACUGGCUAGGGAAAUCACAGCUAAGUCUUUAAUUAUAAAUCUUUUGAGCAUUCCGGUCCAGGGGUAAUAGAUUAAUCAAAGAAACGAUUGCUGUUCUUAGAGAAAGUUUCGUGUACAGCACUGAUAGUUAUUUGUCAAGUUUUUCAUUACAUCGAUCUACCUCUAAAUUGUUAAGUAAUUUUCCUUGUUACCUGACCAUUACCGUUUAGGUUUACAGGGAAAAAAAACUCUUGGAUUAGUUUUCUUGAGAACAGCUGCGAGAUUGUUUUGGUAAAGACACUUAUUUUACACAAGGGCCUUGUUCCUCCGAGUAUCGACUACUAAGGAGGGGCCUAUACGGCUUUUUCGAAUCGAUACGAUACCGAGUACGAUAUUUGCUUUUUUUCUUCGACACCGAUACUGUGACGUCAUUGAAAUGAACGGUAAGUCACGUGAUCUGAUUGACUACCUUUAUGAAAGCACUCGUGGUUUUCUGUGUAGUCUCUUUUGCAGCAUCAACAAGACAAUCAAGCAAGUCAAAAAUUUCAAUUUAUUGGGACUCAUAUUUAAUUUCCUCGAGGAAAUGAAGAACGCAAUGAUGCAAUCUUUCUACUUACUACAUUAAGCAAUCUGCAACUUUCUCUUGCAUUCAUGGUCUUAAGGUGUACAAUAAGAGGUUAUCAGUUACUAUUUGGGUCACUAAUAACAACCAAACACGGGUGCGUGACUUUUAUUGGCUUCUGCGCGUCAAUACUCAAUACAUCAGAGACUCCCUGGCACACAGGACCAUACAGAAAUGCCACACUUUGGAGCUAUUUAACCUUUCUCAGUUCUUUUCUCGCUCGAGGUUUUUUCCUUAGUAAGCAGGCAUAGUAGUUCUCAACUCAUUUUAGUUGCUCCAGAUAUGUCCUGGUAAUGUCUGGGUUGUUGUGAGUUGAAAUUUUGUUGCCGUUGUACUCAGUGACUUUACAUUUACAGUUUAUAAAAUCGGGUCCUAUUUCAUAAUAUAAUGUUGAACUAGGGACUGGAGAAACCGCCAUUUAGACCGGUUCACUGUGGCAGUCCUACAUUGCGCACAUACACGAUCUCGAGCCCGAAGUCUUUUCGACUACUUGACAGCGGUUAGCCGCGGGAGAUUUAAGUGAGGAUAGGUCACGUGGAGUAUCGCAAGAAUCGAUACUCUUCGCUAGUAUCGAUAUCUUUCGAUCCCGAACUCGGUAUCGCUGGUAUCGAAUAUUUGGUAUCGGUAUCGGCCCGUCAUCAACUACUUAAAAGUAGUUAUUUAUUCUUUAACCAGGUCCAGUCCCGGCUGUUGCUGACUGCCUCGUAGGAACUCCUUUGCCAAUUAUUUCUUCUGUUGCAAAUGCUAUGUUUUUAUGAGUUUUUUAAAAUUACUGCGCUCAUUUUUCUGUCGAUUACAAUAGUGCAAGUUCGUGGCAAUAAAGAAGGAAAACGACGAAUGCUUUGUGAAGUUCUUAACCGAGCAUUUGUGUCAUGGUUGCAAUCUGCUCAAUCCUUUGACGAGCAUCUAAUUUCUCACUAAUCAAAACCAUAACAAAAUUCUCAAACGUGAUUGGUUGUCACCAGCCAGAUUUGAGCACUAAUAGGACAGUGUAUAAUGAUCACAUCGCAACGCAUAUCAAAGCUUUUAAACUGCACGCUCCUCGGUAAGCGAAAGUUUUUAUUUUACGACAAGAGACCGUGAAUGAAUGUGUUGAAAUUUUGCAAAGGUACUGAUACCUUUUCUUCGUCUUCCAUUAAAGUAACCCAACUCGUAAAAUACCCCCCACAAACUUAAAGCUCGAGGGAGCCAUUUUAAGACUAACGGUUAAAUCUUUGGCCAUUUUACGGCUAACGGUUAAA